AUGCAAGAAAGCAAUGGGGUAGAGUGGAGCAGUGAUGGGAGAUGCCUGACGUUCUGGCUGGAGAAGUGGCUAGUGGUGCGAUGGAGCAGGCCAGCGACCACUUUCUUCUGCGAUGGACUACACAACCGCACAUGUCAGAGGAGAACAGGAAGUAGCAUUAAAGACUGCUUUUGUUUUACCAUAGUCUUAACCAUGUAUGAAGACUCACAUAUUCAGAAGCUCCUCGUUACCGAUCAACCCAGUUCCCAGAUUCGUCAGAAUUAUUCCACCGAGGUGGAGGCGGCCGUCAACCUCCGGGUCGACAUGCAUCUGCAGGCCUCCUACACCUACCUCUCCCUGGCCUUCUAGUUCGACCGUGACCACGGUCUGGAAGGCCUGGACCACUUCUCCAGUGAAGUGUCUGAGGAGAAGCCGGAGGGCCCUGAGCGUCUCUUGAACACUCAAAACCAGCUCGGCGGCCGCGCCCUCUUCCGGGAAGUGCAGACACUGUCCCAAGAUGAGUGGGGUAAAACCCUGGAAGCCAUGGAAGCCGCCCUGCUUCUGGAGAAGAAGCUGAAGCAGGCCCUUUUUCUGCAUGCCCUGGGUUCUGCCCGCGCAGACCCCCAUCUCUGUGACUUCCUGGAGAAUCACUUUCCAGAUGAGGAAGCGAAACUCAUCAAGAAGAUGGGCGACCACCUGACUAAUCUCCACAGGCUGUCCGGCCCCCACAUUGGGCUGGGCGAGUAUCUCUUCGAAAGGCUCACCCUCAAGCACGACUAGAAGUCUCUGGAGCCCAGCAGCUUUUGAGAGGGUCCUUCUGGCAUCCCCCAGGUGCCAGGGCUUGUGCCUGAGUCUC